UACUUGUUAUAUAUACACAGGCUAGUCUUGUCUUGGACAAGAAACCAAAACUGAACAUUGAACUCUUUGCAGCAAGCGUAUUUCUUCUAUUUGCAACUCUUUAGUCUUAAAACCCUUAUCCAAAAACAGACAGCAACUUCACUGACAAACAUCAGCAGACUUACAAUGAGACCAGUGCUACUGAGCUUCUUUUUCAGCUUCUUCUUACUCUUGCUUUGGAGUCCCUCCAAUGCGUCACUUCUGCCAUUUGUUGAUCGUCCUGGAAGUCUGCUGACUGAUUUCUGGUCAGACCCAUUCAGAGUAUUAGAGCAGAUACCAUUUGGGAUUGACAGAGACGAUAAUGUGGCACUCUCACCAGCAAGAGUGGACUGGAAGGAAACUCCUGAAAGUCACAUGAUCAUGCUAGAUGUUCCAGGGUUGAAGAAGGAGGAGCUAAAGAUUGAAUUGCUGGAGAACAGGGUGUUAAGGGUGAGUGGAGAGAGGAAGAAAGAGGAAGAGAAGAAAGGGGAUCAAUGGCACAGGGUGGAGAGAUCGUAUGGCAAAUUCUGGAGACAGUUUAGGUUGCCAGACAAUGUGGAUUUGGACUCUGUCAAGGCGAAGCUUGAGAAUGGCGUUCUUACCUUAUCUUUAAACAAAUUGUCUCCUGAUAAGAUCAAGGGUCCUAGGGUUGUUAGCAUUGCAGGAGAAGAAGAGAAACCUGAACCAGUCAAGCUCAACAGUAAUAAUGCCAAACAAGAGCUGUGAAUCUUUUACCAUGUGGAGAGCUGUUUACAAUACAUAAAAAGAGAUCCGUCACCUUGUUUUAGAGAGAAUAAGGGUUGUCAUCAGAUCUUGUAAACUGUAUUCCGCUUGUGCUGCAGUGUGUUGUUGAUGAAAUAUUUUCAUAAUCUAAAAUAAGCUUCAUUUAUCA